UGCGACGCUCGAAUGCGUCGGCGACUCACGUGAGGCGAUGGUGGAAGGUUUGAAAUCUGAAUGCGAUCCGUUCCUUCGUUUGGAAUGUGCCUGCCAUCAGGAGGAGGAUCUACUGUCCCAGAAAAGAGAGUCUACAACACGUGCACAAUCUAUAGAGAUAGGGAGUGGGCCCUUGAUUGGGGGGGGGGGCUACACGAGGCGGGAUGUGGGGCCGCUGUGUUUCUGAAGAACGCCUCGGGUGACGACUGGUUCUGUGUUGGAGGGAUUAUUAAAUCCGAGGAUGAGAGGGUGGACGGGCACGGACGGAAGUUCAUGAGGUUUUUCCUCACAACGGUGUUCGACGAACAAGGAGUGGACCAUGCGAAGGCCGACCGUAAAGUAAGCAUGGAUUACAAUUUGUUCAAGGGGUAUGGCGGUAAGGCUAUUACCAUGAAAGCCUUCGAUGUGUCCCCGAAAGAAGACGGGAGUGUGUUGACGAUGCUUGGCCCCGUUAAAUUCCUCGCCAAAACGAACAGCUACAGGAGAUCAGGAAACAGUCCCACGGUUGAGGCCGGCCAUCGUAUGUCCCCGACAUUCGUGCCUUUUGACACGCCGGACGAGGAUCUUCCCGGUAUAGCAAUGACAGAGAGACAGAGGACGCCACAUAGUUUUCCAACGCAGCAGACGUCAGCGAGUGGGGGCCGGUGCCACAACAAACAGAGCCAGCCGCGUCGUCCACCAGGCGAGGAUGAGCAUGGUCCUCCUGUGGGUUCGUCCUGCCGGAUGGAGUGUGUUGGACCGUCUCAACCGUCCAGCUGGCAAGACCAAGGCACCCCUGUCAUCACAUACAAAAGGAAGGCCCUCCCAACUCGUCCCUCUCCCAGUUGCCAGAAGGACGAAGGUGGUGCGUCCAGGAAGGCGGCGCUGCGGGAGAUAAGCGAAGGAUCGGACGAGGAAACGGAGGAUGAUUCUAGGGUAUGUGUUGAUCGACAUCCACAGGGUAAUCAUGCCGUCGAUGAUGACGAAUGUGGUGUCGAUGAGGACAACGUCGAAGAGGAGAACAGCGAGAGGGAGAGAGAGAGAGAGAAUCGUGAGGAAACUAUGCACGACUGCGAGGGUGGGGAGUCUCAACAAUACUAUGAGGAGGAUGACGGGGGCGAUGGAGAAAACGAUCAUGCCUAUCCUGUAGGUGAUGACGAUGGACGGCAAGAGCGGUCGACUGAUGUGGGGUCGACGACGCAACAGGAGAGCGGUCGGAGGCCAGUGUCCAGAAAAGGAAGCGACAAUCUUCAACAAGUCCAACGGCGGCGGCGGAUAAGCGCGCUGCAAAGAAACUCACUGUUGCUGCAUCUCGACAAGCGCUCAAAGCUUCUCAAGAGGCGGUCGAUGAAAGCGUGAAGAAACGAAAAGGGUCCGCGUCGACAAGGGCGACAAAAGCGGAGAAAC